AUGGAGGGCAAGACCCCCCGCGUCAUCGAGAACGCGGAGGGCGUGCGCACCACCCCGUCCGUCGUCGCCUUUGCGCCCGACGGCGAGAAGCUCGUCGGCAUCCCGGCCCGCCGCCAGGCCGUCACCAACCCCGCCAACACCCUCUUCGCCACCAAGCGCCUCAUCGGCCGCCGCUACACGGACAAGGAGACCCAGCAGGACAUCAACAUCAUGCCGUACAAGAUCGUCAAGGGGCCCAACGGCGACGCCUGGGUCGAGGCCGCCAACAACAAGUACUCGCCGAGCCAGGUCGGCGCCUUCGUCCUGCAGAAGAUGAAGGAGACCGCCGAGAGCUUCCUCGGCCGCAAAGUCAACCACGCCGUCGUCACCGUCCCGGCCUACUUCAACGACGCACAGCGACAGGCCACCAAGGACGCCGGCAAGAUCGCUGGCCUGGACGUCGCCCGCAUCAUCAAUGAGCCCACCGCCGCUGCCCUGGCCUACGGCCUGGAGAAGCAGGACGAGGUCGUCGCCGUGUACGACCUGGGCGGCGGCACCUUCGACGUUAGCAUCCUCGAGAUAUCCGGCGGCGUCUUCGAGGUCAAGGCCACCAACGGUGACACCCAUCUCGGCGGCGAGGACUUUGACAACGUCCUCCUCGACCACCUUGUCUCCGAGUUCAAAAAGGAUCAGGGCAUCGACCUCGCCCAGGACCGCCUUGCCCUGCAGCGCCUGCGCGAGGCCGCGGAGAAGGCCAAGAUCGAGCUCUCCUCCACCAUGCAGACCGACAUCAACCUCCCGUUCAUCACGGCCGACGCCUCGGGCCCCAAGCACAUGAACCUCAAGCUCACCCGCGCCAAGUACGAGUCCCUGGUCGACCCGCUCGUGCGCCGCACGCUGGAGCCCAUGAAGAACUGCCUGCGCGACGCGGGCGUCUCGAGCAAGGAAAUUGGCGACGUCCUCAUGGUCGGCGGCAUGACUCGCGUCCCGCGCGUCCAGGAAGUCGUCAAGCAAUUUUUCGGCAAGGACCCCUCCAAGAGCGUCAACCCCGACGAGGUCGUCGCCAUGGGCGCCGCCGUCCAGGGCGGCGUGCUUCGCGGAGAUGUCAAGGACAUUCUGCUCCUCGACGUCACCCCGCUCUCCCUGGGACUCGAGACCCUGGGCGGCGUCUUCACCCGCCUCAUCAACCGCAAUACCACUAUCCCCACCAAAAAGUCCCAGGUCUUCUCCACGGCCGCGGACAACCAGACCCAGGUCGGCAUCAAGGUGCUGCAGGGCGAGCGUGAGAUGGCCGUGGACAACAAGAUGCUCGGCCAGUUUGAUCUCGUCGGCGUGCCGCCGGCCCCGCGCGGCGUCCCGCAGAUCGACGUCGUCUUCGAUAUCGACGCCAAUGGCAUCCUUAACGUCUCCGCGCGCGACAAGGCCACGGGCAAAGAGCAGAGCAUCGUCAUCCAGAGCUCGGGCGGUCUCUCCGAGGCCGAUAUCCAGGAAAUGGUCAACAACGCCGAAUCGUUUGCCGCCGCGGACAAGGAAAGACGGGAAAUGAUCGAGGUGAAGAACGACGCAGACAGCCUCUUGUACAGCACAGAGAAGAGCUUCAACGAGCACAAAGAUAAGCUCAACGCCGACCAGGUCGCCGCCGUCGAGUCGGCUAUUGCCGAGCUUCGCUCGGAGGUUGAGCGCGACGGCGCCUUGCCGAGCGAAAUCAAGGAAAAGACAGAGGCUCUGCAGAAGGCCGCCAUGACAAUAGGAGAGGCUAUGUACAAGGCUUCGCAAGAAGCCAACGCCCAGUCCGAUGCCGCCUCUGACUCUGACGCGGGCUCGUCCUCUUCUUCUUCUUCCUCAGAGGAACCAAAGAGUGACAAGGAGUCGCAACAAGAAUCAGAGGAGAAGGACAAGAAGGCCGGUGGGGUGUAGUUAACUUUGCGGAUUCAUGACAGGGGCGGCUGCACCGUUGUUUUUUUGAUGUUCUUGUUGUAGUUGUUUGUCGGUGCGUUGAAUAAAAAACAAAUGCCCUCCAGGUGAGAGGCGAUAACUGUA